AUGUCAAGCCAAGUGAUCAACUUGUCGGUGGGAAGUGGAGAAAACCUUCCAUCCGGGGGAAUGCUAUUCACUACACCUCUAAUAUGGCUCUGGAGUUGGAAACACGAUCUGAGUGAACCAAAUCCUGGCGUCUAUAUCCCCACCACCAGCUUCAUGCGGGCUGACCGAUCCCUGCGCUCGUAUAAUAGAGGCCGUAGGAAGAUCAAGACUCGACAACUUCGUCUUGACUACAACCUCACACGUUCCCACACCACACCAAAUCGAUUCGAUCGCGUCUUCCUCGACCAUUCCUAUCUUCUCACGUCUACACGAGUGAUGUAA